GAUGAUGGGGAGGACGAUGAUGACGAUGAAGGAGGUGAUGGCGAUGAUGUCCCUGGUGACGACGAAGGCAUGGUUCCAUCUAGCGACGGCCCGCCAAUCCCUGGCGGUCUGGACGAAACUGCCGCUAUGGCGAUCUUCGGUGAUUAUCGUCAGUUCGGCUCUUACAUGAUGUCGCUAUCAUCGCGUCUCAAGACUAUGUUGACGAACAUCAAAUCCACUGCGGAUCCAACCACCCGUCUCGUUACCUUGCAGGAGCUUAGCGAACUGCUUAGCAUCAGCACUGAAGAUACUUUGGCGGGCUCCUUUCAGGUUGAGCAGUUCGUCAGGGAGCUUGUCAAGAUCCUGGGUGGUCGUGGGGCUGAUGAAGAUGAAGAUGACGAAGGAGACGAGGAAAAUGCUGAACAAGACGAGGAUGCUGCCCUCGCUGCGGCUCUUGCCAUGAGCACAGGUGGCAGCUUCCAGGGCGAUGAUAAUCUGGAAGCGCAGGUCCUUGCUUGCCGAUGCUUGGCAAACUUAAUGGAGGCGCUUCCUGGUGUUGCCCACACCGUCGUGUAUCAUGGAGCCAUUCCUGUACUCUGCAGCAAGCUUAUUGAGAUAUCGUACAUUGACCUAGCUGAGCAAACGCUGAGUACUAUGGAAAAGAUUUCUGAAGAAUUCCCCAGCUCGAUUGUCAGGGAGGGGGGUCUCGCCGCGUUACUAAACUACCUAGAUUUCUUUUCUAUUGCAGUUCAACGAACCGCACUCCAAGCAGCGUCAAACUGCUGCCGAAACGUUUCUCCAGAGCACUUCCCAAUGAUUCAUGGAGUGUGGCCAAUCAUCAGGAAUUGUCUAUCCUAUUCAGACCAACGACUGGUUGAAUUUGCAUGUCUUUGCGUUAUACGGGUGGUUGACUCCUACCACCGUGCUUCCGUUGAAAAUCUUGAAGCUCUGGUAGACACUGCCCUAAUCAGAGCUGUCAAUCAGCUUCUGUUACCGGCAGGUGGCUCUCCAUUGAUAGCGUCCAACACAUACACUCUAUUGUUGCGUGCGCUGGCCACUUCGGCGAGAGCUAGUCCCAAAAUUACGGUUGCCCUCCUGGAGGCUGAUAUAGUCGACACUCUUUACCAAAUUCUGACCGGGGUACUGCCAUCCGCUUCAGAAGCAGCAGAGGGACAGGGAGGUGCCGCAGGAGGACAGGGAUUAGGUGGUGGUCUUGCUGACAUGACCAUUAUGGAUAAUCUAGCGCAUCGACCAAAGGAUCAAGUCGAAGAGGCCUUAAGUCUGAUCUCGGAGUUAUUACCGCCGCUACCUAAAGACGGCGUUUUCGAUCACAAAGCAUACACAGAAAAAUCCCUCGCUCGUAUGGUGAAAGCAAAGGCUAAAGCAGAAAGAGCUGCAGCUCGCCAAGUUCCACAACCGACACCCAGUCCAACGAUCAUGCCGUCACUUGACACAGUGUCCGCGCCCCUUGCUGAGAACGAAGCAUCUCCUGCUCCCGGCCCAGCAUCGGAGGUAGCAGGACCAGAGUCUGAAGAUGCUGCGGUUAUUUCCGGUAUUAAGGACGUCGCUCCUGAUCGUACAGAGAUAUUACGAUCGACACACGCCGUUAGCCGAUUCAUGCAGCUUUUGGUGCCGAUUUUGAUAGAUGUCUACGCCGCCAGCGUGAUCACCCCGGUCAGAAUUAAAACACUCACUGGCUUAUUGAAGGCUGUUAGCUUUAUGGACGCUGAUGGGCUCAAGAGCGUCUUAAUGUUCGUACCCGUUGCGAGCUUCGCUUCAUCGAUCUUAUCAUCUAAAGAUCACCCAUCUCUUGUUAUCGGCGCCCUUCAGUUAGUGGACUUGCUACUCGCAAAGUUACCCUCGUUGUACAAGCCAACUUUCCGCCGCGAAGGAGUCUUCCACGAAAUAGAGACAAUGUCCGAGCGAACGGUGACUUCCACGAAGUCAAAAGACAAGGACAAGGAAUCCAAUGAGUCCCCGGAACCUGUUGUGCAGCCAAUUUCCACUUCCUCAAUACCGGGUUUCAAAAAACUAUCUUCUUUGUCGCUGGAUCCGGAGGAUGCGAUUACCUUAAGAGCCCGUGUCAUACAGUUCAAGUAUUUGAAUGGCGAUGAAGACAAAAAUGAAGACAGCGCUUUCGAAAGCCUUCGCCGCCUCGUCGAUCGGAUUUCAGAUCAGAACGCCACGGAGAAAGAACUUUCCGAAGGGCUUUGGGAGCUCGCUGAGCUCUUCUCAUCACCUCAUACUUCGGUAUCAAGCUUUGAACUGCUGCAGAGUGGAGUUGUCGACGGACUGCUUCAAUUCGCUGUUGAUGAACACCGUGCAGUGAAUAGCAAAAGACGCAAGGAAAUGUUCUUGGAUGCAUUUGCAGGCAGAAAAGUGAAAUCAAUGGGUAAUAGUCAAUCUCCGUUUGCAAUUCUUGUCAAAAAAUUGCAGGAAAGCCUCACGAGAAUGGAGUCAUUCGAUGUUAUUACAGUCACACAAAACAGUGAUGAUUCCAAACGAAGCUCCCCUUCCUUGCUCGCUCGCCAACUCCGCCUUCGCCUCAUUACGGGUGAUGAAUCAGAUGUUCCUCGAAAUCUCCACAACAUCGUUGUUUCCAUCCAUGCAAUAGCUACCUUCCAGGCGCUCCAUGACUACUUGCGUCCUCGUGUAGCUGGCUUACUGGGCCCUGGCUCUCGGUUAUCGGGAAUGUUCGCAGCUCUCGCCGCCUCUAAUUUCACUGGAUCGACAUCGCGAGCAUUAAACGAGGAAUCAUCUCAAGCGUCAAAGACUGUUUCAGGGGCGCUCGAGACCAAUCCUCCUCCUCCUGUUGCACCAGCCAUUGUUACCCGCCGUCGUAGUCAACGUCUGAGUGCUAAAGCCAACCCUUCUGCUGCUAGCGAAAGUGUCUCUGCUACAGAUCAAAUCGUUGCAGAUGCAUCAGCCUCUGCUGGACCAUCGCUUCAGGGAGAGACAACUGUUGUGGAGCCAGCGCCAAGUGAAACUGUGGUUGACUCCGAGCUACAAGCUGACUUUUCGGACGAUGAGGAUAUCGAUGCUGAGGUCUACGAUGAAGAGGUCGAUCCUGAUAUCUCAGUUGCAGAUAAGACAAUAUCAUUGUCGACUCAUAUCUGUGCCACAGAUGGUUCAAAGAUCGAAGCUCAAACACCAGAUGGAACACGUGUCGCCACACCGAGUGCCUCUGUUCAAGAUGGUCCAACCCCGCCCUCGCUUCGUGCCUCCUUAUCUAAUAAAGCAUCUUACGCUGCUGCUUUGAAAGCUAAACCCACUGAUUGGCACCUCGAGUUCUCAAUGGAUGACCAGGUUCUUCCACUGGACCUAACCGUCUACGGUGCUAUCCAUCAACAUGAAAUGCGAAAGAAGACUGGUGCACUGCCACUCAACAUGAUCUGGCAAGGUGUAUACACGAUUAAAUUUAAGAAAGUCGCUGGGCCACUCCCAAGUUCUGAAAGCCGCGGGGACGACAUCGGAACCAAGAACAGAUCGCCCAGUCCUUCUCUUUCGUCUUUGCCCGAUGACGCGCCGCACGCAAAGAUCUUGCGACUCCUGCGUGUCUUGAAUCAACUAAACACUUUGGAGGCUGAACGAUCUGUUUUUGUUGGAGAAAAGCGGAACCUUCCUGAUUCGGCCUUUAUCAACAAUAAGCUGACUGCUAAACUCUCUCGUCAAUUGGAGGAGCCUAUGAUAGUUGCUAGCUCAUGUCUACCGGAUUGGGCUUUGGACCUGCCACAGCAUUUCCCUUUCCUAUUCCCUUUUGCUACGCGUUAUAACUUCAUACAGUCAACUUCCUUCGGAUACGCACGUCUGAUUCUCAAAUGGCAAAACAGCUCUCGGAGGGACGAUGGGAUUGGUUUCCUUGGAAGAUUGCAAAGACAAAAGGUCCGAAUCUCCCGCAAGCACAUUUUGGAAUCGGCAGUCAAAGUGUUCGAGCUGUAUGGGUCCUCAUCUUCAGUCUUGGAGGUUGAAUAUUUUGAGGAGGUUGGGACAGGCCUUGGUCCAACGCUCGAAUUCUAUUCUUUGGUCUCCAAAGAGUUUGCUCGUAAAGACCUCAAGAUCUGGAGGGAUUCGGACGCAGCAGGCUCUGGCGUCUAUGUCGACCACCCAACUGGCCUCUACCCAGCCCCUAUAAGCCGAGAAGAUAUUGCAAACGAUGGGGGACAGAAACGGUCUCAUAUCUUACGAGUCGUUGGACAAUUUGUUGCAAAGGCGAUGCUUGAUUCGCGUAUCAUUGACUUAUCGUUCAGCAAGGUCUUCCUGAAGCUCGUCCUCGGGGAAGAAGUUCCCCUCACACUGGCUUCUCUCAAACUUGUGGAUAUGGACCUUGCCAACUCUCUCGCCAAACUGCAGAGUAUCGCACAGGAUAGCAGCAACAUCGCCACUGACCCAGUAAGUUUUCGUCUAACCUCAAACAAUAUAUUCACUAAAAACUCCGUUAAGCUGUCACUCAAGGUUGCCAGAAUAGAAAAAGUAACCAUUGAAGACCUCGAGCUUGAUUUCACCAUUCCCGGUUAUGACGUUGAGCUACGGGAAAAUGGCCGAAAUAUACCUGUGACUUCCGCAAACGUCGAUGAAUACGUUCAUGAAGUUUUGGACGCUAUUCUUGGCAAAGGAAUUCAGAUACAAGCGAAGGCAUUCCGAGAUGGUUUCUCAAAAGUGUUCCCCAUGUCCGAUUUGCGCGCAUUCACGGCUGAUGAGCUAGUAAUGCUCUUUGGCAAUGCUGAUGAAGAUUGGAGCAUCGAAACGCUUUCGGAAGCUUUGAAGGCAGACCAUGGCUUUAACGUUGAGAGUCGUGCGAUUCGAGACCUCCUGGAGAUUAUGGCCCAGUAUGAUCGACCAACCCGUCGCGCAUACCUUCAGUUCAUCACUGGAAGUCCUAAGCUCCCUAUUGGCGGCUUCCGAGGGUUAAAUCCUGCUUUGACUGUUGUUCGAAAACCUCACGAAGCACCCCUGACGGCGGAUGAUUAUCUUCCAAGUGUGAUGACAUGUGUCAAUUAUCUCAAGUUGCCAGAGUAUAGCACGAAGGCAGUCAUGCGCGAAAAGUUGCGCAUUGCUAUCCAGGAAGGUGUGGGCAGUUUCCAUUUGUCCUGAUUAUUUUCGACAUGUUACAUCUCUAAACGCACUCCAACGUCCUACACACUCCUACGCAUCACUCUUCUUGACUGUGCUUUCAAUAAUAACUUUAGAGCCCAAGUAACUAGUACUCUGCGAAAUUGAAUUUCAUCAAG